CAGCUUCGUGCGAUUCGGACUUUCCGCUCCAGCAGUUUCUACAGUGGAUGACUGACUGCAGGCACACCGCUCUUCCCCCUCCCUGCUCUGCUUUGUCAUGUGACUAAGCGGCAAGACCGGAAGGCAUUGUGCAGACACAUACAGACUGCAGCCACAACGCAGUAUGAUAACAUCUGUUCACGCUUCCAUAUCUUCAGUGGGUAAAAUGCGAAAGCCAGUCGCUACUAUGCAAUGUGUGUAAGCGACCAGUGGUGGUGCUGUGGCCCGAGGCGGGAUGCUGCUGACAGUCGGUCAGCAUGACUCUGCUGGACUUGUGGCUGUCGCGCUCCAUCCCCAUGUGCCUGCUCCUUCAGAGCCUUGUCCUAAUGGCCUUGUGCUUUCCCUCGGCCAGCAUGUGUCCAAAGGGCUGCAUAUGCCAACGCGAUUCCCACCUCCAUGGCUUCAAUGUUACCUGCAGUCAGUCCCGCCUCAAAGAGAUUCCUCCCAGUCUACCAGUUGACACUGUCUUGCUGAGGCUGGACCACAACCAGAUCGGCAGCGUGCCCGAUCUCGCCUUCCAUGGACUUAGGUUUUUGAGGGAGCUAAACCUUUCUUACAAUGCAGUGGAGACUUUAGGGGAAGGUGCCUUCACUGGCAUAGAGGCAACUUUACAGGUGCUGGACCUUUCCCACAAUCGCAUCACUAGCGUACACAAGGAUGCCUUUGCUCGACUGAAGGCCCGGAUUAUUGUGAACGAUAACCCCUGGCAUUGUGACUGUGCCCUUCAGCAGGCUAUUGGAGGAAUGGCCCAUAACCAUGAGGCUGCUGCCCGGGUUCUCUGCAGAAGCUCAGAGCUCCACGACCAGGAGGGACAGCCGUUCUUGGCGGUUGACAUAGAUCUCUGUAACUUGGCAAAAAGGACCACAGAUUAUGCUAUGCUCGUAACCAUGUUCGGCUGGUUUGCUAUGGUCAUAUCAUAUGUGGUGUAUUAUGUACGUCAGAACCAGGAGGACGCGCGACGCCAUCUGGAGUACCUCAAGUCUCUCCCCAGUAAGCCGAAAAAAGCAGACGAGACUGAUGACAUAAGCACUGUUGUCUGACAGCAGUGGCCCCGUGACUGUGUUCAGCAGAAACCCGGUGAACACCAAAAUGUUUAUUUACAUUUAUAGCAUUUACUAUACCAAACUUUUAUGUAAUAUGAGCAUCAAAAUGUAUUUUGAUUGUCUGUCUUUGAUAGGGUUUGCUCAUGACUAAGAAGACAGGAGGAAGGCCGCACCAACAUUUUGGUUUUUACAGUACAAAGAAAGUCUUGAAAAAUUAGAAUCUCAGGU